GAAAACUGAAACAUGUUCGAAGCCUGAAUGUAUGCGUUGCUUUACAUGGUCAAAUGUGAUUGUACUAUAUAGUUUUCACAUAUCAGCUGAUUCUCAAAGUUUUGGCACAAUCAUUUUGAUCACAUAAUAUAAGCAAUGGAAUUUCGACAACAGUUUUCCAGAAAGUAGUUUAUAUUUAUACAAUUGGUGUAAAUAUUAGCAGAACAUCUCUUUCAGCAAUUCGUUUGUCAGAGGACAUUGUCUUCAGUAUAAAUUAGUGUUACUUAUGAAAUGAACAAGAAACAACUAUAUCUAGCUCAUUCUGUGGAUGAGUUAAAAAAGCUUUCGAAAAUAAAUAUCAGAUCAACUGUACCUUCAGUCUUACAACGUGAAAUGUCUUUAUUAAAAUGUCAGGCUAAUGAAGUUUGGGAGCAUGAUGAAGAGCGUGCCUAUGUAUUAUUUAUGAAGUAUUUUGAAUAUUAUGACAAGUUGAAACGUUUAACAGGCAGUAAAUGCUCAGCAUUGCUGAAAAAUGAAUUAUUGUCCUCGAUUGAACGUGCUGAAAUCUUACGUGAUAGUCUGAAAGCUAGAUAUGAGGAUUUAAGUCGUCAGACUUCACCCGACGUAAAAAAGACCAUUGAACCUCAACAGAAUCACAAACCAGAUAAACCACAGGGUGUGAUCAGUUCAUCUUGGAUACAGACAAAUGAAUUGGCAGGACUUAUUAAAAAGCAACAUAAGUUUUUGCUUAUUGAUGUUCGUUCGAAAAUCGAGUUUGAACAAUGUCAAAUUGCAUUUGAUAAUAUCAUCAACUUGCCUUAUGAUUUUAUAAAACGUGGGACUACAGUAAAUAAUAUCUCUGAUUAUUUACAAAAGAAUGAUUUCUUUAAAAAACUUUGGGAUAGUCGGUCCAAGUUCGAUGAUAUAAUACUAUUGGAUGAGAAUGGAUUUGAUUCAGACCAAUCAGUUUUAAAUAAAAACCAUCCUUUGCAAAUCCUUAAGGAUGCUAUGUUAAAGUGGGAUGCAGAGCAAGUUUUAACUGCUGAACCUAGAAUACUUUAUAAGGGAAUGAAAGAUUUUCGGAUGCGUUAUCCUCCACUUCUCAUUCAAAAAACUAUGUCAUCUAAUCAAAAAGACUCCAGACAAAUAAACUCUCAACUAGAAGCUCCUAAAUUUCAAUAUCCAGACUUGAAUAUCCGUGAAGAACAAUUACCUACUGUUAAUUUGGCUGAUUUGUUAGCUUCUCAAAGUAAAGAUCCUACAUUAUCCUUUAAAACUAUUCAAAAUGGACGUACUGGGAUAAAUAAUGGAUCUAAUUCUGUAUUUAAACGUCCACUAGCACCCAAACCAUCCACAUUCAGCAAUCGUGUACAGUAUACUCCUAAAAUGAUGUCCAGCCAGUCUCCAGAAAUAUCCCUUAACAAUAUCAGACAAACCAACUCUCCAGUUGAUCAUCGAUUAGAUGUUGUAUCAUCAGGUUUAUCGAAUUUAUCGAUGGGAAAUUCUGAUUCAUAUUCAACGAAUAUCCCUUCAAAUCUCACUCUCCCAUAUGGUUCAAUAAGAGGCGAUGAAGAUAUAAAAGACAAUGUUUGGAAACUAUCUGAUGAUAAUUUGGAUGAAGAACCUCUUGCCUACUGUGACUACCAUGAUAAACUACAUCCUGAUAGCACGUUGUUGAACAAAUUAUCCGGGCAAAUGAUAGAAAAUACAGUUAAUAGAUCAAAUGGUCCUUAUGCAAAUCCAUGGAAAGCAUCUUUAUCUAUGUCACCUAGUAGUGUUUCACUUCAAUCCGUGCCAAGUAUUCCUCCAUCUGAAACUAAACCAACAAAUGUUUUACAUUCUCAUUCAUCCCUAACAUCAUUUAAUCAGUCAGAUGUUUUAAAUAAUCAAGCUAUUCACCAAACACGUACUAAUGGUUUACGUAAUCUAGGGAAUACAUGUUAUAUAAAUUCUGUAGUACAAAGUCUGUCUCAUACUAGAGCAUUAGUUCAUUACUUUCUGGAUGGUUUUCAUGAACGUCAAGCUGUCGUGUCAAAUCGUCUUGGUUAUGGUGGUGAAAUUGUCAAACAUUUUGAAAUGCUACUCUCAGCGUUGUAUAACCAACCUAAUCAGGAUGCUGAAUUGUAUAAAUUUAGGUCGGCUGUUGCAAAACAUCAAUCUAAAUUUUCUAGUAAUGAUCAACAAGAUAGUUUAGAAUUUCUACUCUUUUUAUUGGAUGGUCUACAUGAAGAUCUUAAUGAAGCUCGUUCAGAAAAAAACAAUGCAACAAAGCUUAAACACAAUGAAUCAAUGGUUGAAUAUACUUCUAGUCAUGAACAAGCAGAAGCGGCAUGGAUUCAACAUAAAGAUCUCAAUAAUUCAAUUAUAGUCUCUUCAUUUCAAGGACUUCUUCGUUCCACUGUGAAAUGUAAUAGUUGUCAUGUAACUUCUACAACAUUUGAUGUUUUCAUGGUAUUAUCCUUGCCCAUUGAACAAAUUAAUAAAUGUCAAUUAACAGAUUGUCUCAAAUUAUUUCUUGAAAAAGAAGAAAUGGUUGGUCAGUGUCGUUGGCAUUGUCCAACAUGUAAUACAAGACGUGAUGCUUCCAAGUGGAUAGAAUUAUGGAAAUUACCGACAUAUUUAAUUAUACACUUAAAAAGAUUUCGAUAUGAAUGUGGUAAUUGGAGAAAACAAACAACCAAUGUAGAUUUUCCUAUUGAAUGUUUAGAUAUGAGUUCGUUUAUUGUUGGCCCCAAAUUGCAUUCUAGUGAAUACGCUUUAUAUUCGGUUUUGAAUCAUCGUGGUACAAUGGAAAGCGGUCAUUGUAAGUGAAGUAUACUGUGUUUUUCUACCAUUAAAACCUAGUCAAAUAUAUGUAUAUUACUUACCCAACAAGCAAAAAUAUUAUUGGGAUUUUGAUUAUUGAAUGACUAUUUGAAUCAUACCAUUUAAUUACUAUCAAAGGGAAGUUACUAUUUUUGGCGUAAACGUUUAUUUGCUCAUACAAAGUAUUGAUUGGUCAAAAUAUAUGUGCUUUGUUGAAGUUUACCCACUUUUAUCUAACUGAUCUGUCCACAUCCUUUUUAACUAGAUUAAUCAGGACAUUAUAUUCUGUUGAGGCUCGACAACCAGAUUCUCAUUGCUUUCAGUUACCUUCAUGUUAACUAAACUGAUUGAAUGUUAAUCAAAAUCAUGAACUUCUUGCAUACAUACGCUAUGCCGCUGUGCUUUAGUGUAAUGUUGCGGAAGAUGUGUUGGCCUCGUGGGUUCCAGAGACUCAGCUUUCAUCACGUGAUGUGAUAACUCUCCCAUCUGAAUACUGCCUUCCCAGAGCAAAGUUUUCUCUUGUUAGUAACUAUGUAAAGGGGUUCGUUUUAACAAGAUGAGAUUACUAAUCAUACUCUUAAUCCACAGUCUGGGCCCUGGUCCGGCGUCACCUCCAAGAAGAGUUUCCAGUUAAGUUUAUUUUAGUUAAAAUCUUACUUCACAGACGAUGCUUUCAGGAGAUUAUCUGUUGUCUAUUGCUUUAUUGUAGGUAAUAAUCUUCCUAGUUUAUAGGUAGUUACUCAACUUUCAUUUUUGAAGAUGAUAUAGUCAGUAGUUAUUACUAGUAGUGAUGUCCUGUUAAGUUAUGUAAAUGAAUUGAUUGGUCACUGUUAGUAUAGAAACUCGUUUGUUCGUAUACCUCGUUAUUAGGUAUCAGUUAACAUAUCCAUGGUAUUAAGUGGUAGUUAUUAGUGAAAUCUUUGGACACAUUCUCCAUCCUACUUUUAACAAAUCAACUUGAUAUAUUUGUAAUCCACUGGUUUAGCGAAUAACUUUUCAACCACAUAACUUCAAGGCACUAGGUUUGAAUUUCAAAAACUCACAUCUGAAUCGUUCCAAUUAGAACAAAAACUAGCAUAGUUCUGGAAGGGAUCUCUUUUCAACGAAUUUAUUAUCAAGCUGUACAGUCGUAUAUAUAUGAAAAUUUUUUGUUAUUAUUAUUAUUCAUAUUACGUAAUCUAGUAUAAUAACCUUUUUAUUAACUGUGUUCACAUUUCCUCACGGAAUUAGUACUUUUACAAAAACAAAAACUAGCAUCUUAAAUGUUUGCCAUCGGUUACUACCCAAUAUUGUACUUGAAAUAUAUAUGUUGUGUUGAUCCAAUCAUCCCUUUCUUUAAUUCUGGAUGAUUUAGGAUAAAGUUAGGAGGAAACUAGGGCCAGUCAAACUAGAACGUGAUAUCAGUACAUGAAGCUAUUGAUUGUUGGUCUGGUCCAUAAUAAUUUGUGCAGACUAGUUGGUUAAGGUCCACGCGAUUAUUCUGAUCAAUGGUUGGAGAUGCUGAGUGGCAUGACUCAAAUUUAGAUGCAAAAGUACAAAUGCCUUUCCUUAAAUCUUGAGUUUUAAGAUUAUUUUAUACUUUUUAUUUAACAGAUUAACUGUAUUUGCAAAUCAUAUUAUUAUUGAUUUACUACGACUAACACUGUGAUGUGUGCUACUGAUAUCGACAUAUAGAAGUAGUAUGUAUCGCUAUUUCCUUAUUUACUCACAGUGCUGAUGUAGUGUGGCAAUUUUAACCGACUCAUAUACAUACCAUGUUCCAUUUUACGCAUUAUUGACUGACUGCCUAGUUUUUUAUGACAAUGAAUGUAUUUGUUAAUAAAGUCUACAAAUCAUAUUUACAUAAACUAAAGAUUUUUAUCCAGCCCAAACUAGUGUGCAUAAGUUAGCAUUCUAGAUAUCCCUACAUUUUUGUUAGUAGUAGUUGUUGGAGUUACAAUUCAACGGAUUGCUUCGUCCUAACUACUCCGUAACCUCCCCCUUUAUCUGCAUGCGUUGAGUAAUACUUAUUUUCAGUAGCAAUACUUCUGUUCCCUUGUUUAAUCAAUUAUUUAUCCUAGCGUACUGUUUUUGUCAGUUAUACAUUUUAACAUUCUUGAUAUUUCAACAGAUACAACAUUUUGUCGUAACAUCCGUGACGGUCGGUGGUAUGAAUAUGAUGAUGAAAAUGUAUCUUUAUUAGACAAAAAUGAAAUACAAAAUGAUAAUGCUUACAUAUUGUUCUAUGAAUUACUACCUCGUGUUGGUGUAUUUUUUGAAAAUACACAUAGUAUGCUCCGAUGAGUUGUUCUAAAUUGAUUUGUUAUUUAUUUAUAAUAUAUAUUUUUACUUUUCAGUAAAUAAUAACACAAUUUAUCACGUUAAUUUUUUGUUUGUUUCAACAAUCAGAUGUAUAUCUACAUAUUUUGUAUCACUAAUAUUUAAUAAAAGAUAAAUUCUUAUCAUUUUCUGG